CCCAAGUAGAUAUUGGAACAUGCUUAGUAUGUGGAAUCACACAGUUUUGCUGCUUUCAGUGUGCUCCGAACCACAGGGGAAUGGGGUAAUGUAUAAUGUCACCAGUGUGGGCUUAACAUCAGCAGGAAAAAGAAAAGUGACAGAAGAACAGAAAGCCGUGAUACUACCCAGUUGCAAAAAAAUUGUCUUGGCACAGGUUUUCAGCUGGGGUUUUGUAACCAUCCCACGGAAAGAAAGGGAUCAGAAGAACAAAUAGGUACCGGAGGGUGGAUGAUAUAAAAGGGGAGGUCAGAAAGUGAGUGAGAACACAUACACAUGCAGAAUCAGAGGGAGGAGAUACAAAGGGAGAUGUGAGGUGUAGAAACUGCCUUUAUUUUUCUUUGAGCAGCCAGUGGAUCCAGUUUGUGUGUAUGAGGAGAUGGACAGGGAUGGUUUGUGCUCCUGCAUGAAGAGAAUGCAGCAGGAUCCUGUCCCACGGUUAUGAUCCAGCUUCUCAAGUGACAUACAUUGGUCAGAGAUGCCUAUAAUAUCUGGAAACAGCGAACAAGACUAUAAUAACCUAAGCUACUCCUCCAGCAGUACCUUGAACCAUUUCUUUCCGAUUGCUGUUGAAUCUCAGACACUUAAAGGAGUAAGGUAUCAAAGGGCUCAAAGGAUCUAUGACACAGAUGAAGUCUAUACAGCUGACCUGAAGCAAGAAAUUAUUAUUAAUGUAGGAGGAAUUAAAUACCUCAUGCCUUGGAGUACUUUGGAUGAAUUUCCUAUGACAAGACUUGGAAAAUUAAGGUUUUGCAGCAGCUAUGAGGAGAUCAUCCAAAUUUGUGAUGAUUUUGAUGAAGACACCAAUGAAUUCUUUUUUGACAGGAACCCUUGUGCUUUCAGCAUGAUUGUCAGCUUCCUGGCAGCAGGCAAGCUGAGGAUCUUGAGGGAAAUGUGUGUCCUGUCUUUUCAGGAUGAGCUAACUUAUUGGGGUAUUGAAGAGUCCAAUCUGGAGAGAUGUUGUCUUAGGAAGCUUUUCCAGAAACUUGAGGAACUUGCUGAGAUCGGAAAAGAAGAGGAAGCCCAGAUGAACAGGGAAACCAUAAUGGUUCUUGAUGACAACACCAAAGUUGGCAAUUGUAUGGGCAAACUAAGGGAUAUGGUAGAAAAUCCACAAUCGGGGAUCCCUGGAAAGGUGUUUGCCUGCCUCUCUAUUUUAUUUGUGGCCACCACCGCUAUAAACCUAUGUAUAAGCACCAUGCCAGACCUCCGAGCUGAGGAGGACAGGGGCGAAUGCUCCCAAAAGUGUUAUAACAUCUUCAUCAUUGAGACCAUUUGUGUGGCCUGGUUUUCAUUUGAGUUCUUCUUGCGUUUUAUUCAAGCGAAGAGCAAAUGCCAGUUUUUCAAGGGACCUCUAAAUAUUAUUGAUGUAUUGGCUAUAUUGCCAUAUUAUGUUUCACUAGUAGUGGAGGAUGAGCAAAAAACUGUGGAUAAACCUGGCGGCAAUUCCUACUUGGAGAAGAUAGGGCUGAUUCUGCGUGUUUUACGUGCCUUGAGAAUAUUAUAUGUAAUGCGGCUGGCAAGGCACUCACUCGGCCUGCAGACUCUGGGACUUACAGUACGAAGAUGCACAAGAGAAUUUGGACUUCUCCUACUCUUCCUCUGUGUGGCGGUAACAUUAUUUGCCCCUUUGGUUCACUUAGCUGAAAAUGAAAUGGGAAGAUGCCAAGAGUUUACAAGUGUACCUGCUUCAUAUUGGUGGGCUAUUAUCUCCAUGACCACAGUAGGUUAUGGAGACAUGGUACCAAGAAGCAUUCCAGGUCAAGUAGUAGCUCUGAGCAGCAUUCUUAGUGGAAUUUUAAUCAUGGCCUUUCCUGCAACAUCAAUAUUCCAUACCUUCUCCCGCUGCUAUUCCGAACUCAAGAGAGAACAGGAAAGACUGCAGAGUCGUUUGAUGAGGUUAAAAGAUGCCAAUCAGUCUGGUGAAAGUGAUACAUUCAAUGAUACAGACAGUUUGGUCUCGGAGGACACUUACAAAUAUUUUUACAAUGGCAAAUGAAUUCUAGUUAAAGGACAAUGGAACCAUUAUUAUAUGGAUGACAUUUAUAUUGUCCCAGGUAUUUUUAGAAGAAGAGCAAUGCUCACAUCCUGAAUGUGACUUUUUUUCCGAAGGGCAACCAAAAUAAAGUCAGAAUGCUUACAAAAACUGGAUAAAAUAAGUAUACUUUGGCCGACAAAAUGGCCAAUUAUAAAAGUGUUACCAAGAUAUGUAUGAAGGAGGACCAUGGAAUAUAUAAACAAUAUUUAUACAUUUUUUUCAAACAGAAACUUCGAAAUGAACAGUAUAUUAGUGAUAUUAUCUUUAUUUUACUUUAACAGGAUUUUGUACAAAACAAGCUUAACGAAGUGAGACAAUUUAAAAUAGCAAUUUAGCAGGUGAAACCUUUAUGAUUAUAUUUUUUGGAAUGUAUGACUAUUAAAUAUAUACUGUAGUAUACAGACUCUUUUUUAGGGAAAGCCAGAGACAUAUAUCUAAUUGAUAUAUCAGUGAAUGUCGGUAUGGCUGGUAAAUGGGCUGCUGACAUAGGCUGAAUAUAGUGCCUGCAGCAGAUGGAGCAAAGUACUAGAGGCUUGACAUUGCUCCAUUUUACAAAGGUACAUCUCUCACUUGUCACCUACAACUUAAUACCUCUCCAUCCUCAAUGGCACUUCCUGUGAACAAUUGAAUCUAUGGUGCCCAAUUGCGUAAGAGCGUGUGAGAUGUAUAUCAUUUGUGUACUCUAGCUUCAGUUAUUCAUGUUUUGGGACUUUACAUUUGCACCAUGUGGAAAGUAUUCAUAUAUAUCAUUUUUAUGAACAUAAUAUUGAUUAAGCAUCUUAUUUAUUAUACAUUGCACUUCGCUCUAAGCACAGAGGAGAAACCAGAUUCUUAGGUGACUUUUUUCUGCCGUAAUCUUAUUGUUUCAACAUUACCUAUUGGCCCUUUUUGUGAGU